AUGGUGCCGGCUCCCUUGAUCGGGACGCACACAUGCGGCGACCAUCUUAUUAACAACGUCUCCACGGAUAUCGUCGCCUCCCCUUCAUUUCUGCAGCAGAUGCUCUCAAAACGUGGAUAUCGUGUCUUAAAAUGCGGAACUUUGAAAAAGAAGACCACUUCUAUGGUUGGGCUAUUUUUCAAGAAAGAGAAAGUCAUUUAUGAAGAUCCAAUUCAAUGUCAUUUAUGUCUGCAUCGAGAAACCCUGUAUUUGGAAUGGUAUAAGAACAACGAGGACUGUCUGACUCAUCAAGGCAGGUUGCAACCACUUCUGGAUAGAACCAUCUACAAAGUUCAAGUGGAUAUGAAAGACGAGAACACUUUCGUUUUGAUAAAUACCGACAAUCCGAAGGAUGAAAGUGAUGUAGUACACUGGACAGCUCCAAAUGUUCGGCUGCGUGACGAAUGGGUGGAAGCUAUUGAAAAAGGGCUCGAAGGUCUUGGUGUUUAUCUGGGAGCCAAGCGAUCACCGUUCUACCAAUUUAACCUAAAGCCUUGGUGGAAGGAAGUUGCUGUCGAAAAAGAUUAUUCCAUGCUAGAAAACGAUAUAGAUGAGGAAUUGUGUCCGGCAAUGAUAGAAGCGAUUGCUACUCGUGACGCCGCCAGAAAAGCCUCCAUGGAAAAUUCCGCACUUUACGCGACGACGAGCAAUGGUCACAACAAGGCACCACUAGCCGUCACCAGUCCCGAAUUCGAGAUUUCCGGCUGUGAGAGCCCAAGUGAGCAGGAGGAAGUACCAGAGACCUUCGCUCCGCCUACUCCAUUUCCACGACCGACCCCGAAGAAGGAUUUUGUAUUUAACGAAAAAGAAACGGCUUCUCCCCUGGAUAUUGCUAUUCCGCCGCCGAGUCAAGAUCAAGCGGCAAGCGCGACCGGAGCCUAUGGAGUGCCGAGAGCCUAUGAUAUUCCUCGUCAUCUUGCUGCUUUAUCUCCAAGCUGUGAGAAGCGGCUCUCAUCUGCGUUGAGCACCACUAGUAUCGCCAGUAGCAGUACGGAUUCUCGUGGGUCGGCGGAUCUCAAGGAACCUCGACGAGUUUCAAUUUCAUUUUUGGCGCCAUACGUUGAAAAUGGAUACGAAAAGCCCCGCCGUUCGUCUAUGCACACGUUGCCUUCCCUCAAGCAACUUCGCGACAUUUCGAUUUCAUUAACUAUGAUGAUCGAAAAUGUGAUUAUUGUCGAUGUGGGAAGAAGGCUAUGGGUCGCUGGCUGGUCUCGAAAAGUCGACAAUCAAGUUUCCUGUAUCUUCCGGGUCGGGGAUGAGCUUGUGAAAGUCGGGAAAUGUCCUGUUGGCGAUCUGGAAGGCUUGCACAGUCUCUACCAUAGAGAAUCAAAACCAGGCCAUCCUUUGAUGUUGCAAAUCCGGCCGAUGCCAAAUGCCGUCACUUUCCAGUUGACGAAGCCUAUCCAAGAGAAUAAGUCGCUUGGGAUUGAAUUGCAUAAACAAAAGAAUAGAAUCGCGAAAAUCAGCCCCGACAGCCCUGCAUACAUGCGUGGCGUCCCAGCGACCCUUCCCGCAUAUUUUGAUGCAGGCAAAGAUACACCUGCCGUCAUUACUGAGGUGAACCACCGGCGGCUCAACCCCUACUCCCGGGACGCCGAAUUCGAGAAGCGACUGAUCUCAGUGUGGCCCGGGCAAAGCUUCACCAUUACACUUCAGCCAUACGAUUUUAUCCGGGAGCUGAAGCGGCAGCUCCGCAAAAUUCCCUAUUAUACUUAUUAUUUAGACACUGAGAAAACGGUGAUGGUGAAGGAAUUGAAGAAAUGUCGAACAUGUCUUCAUCCCAUUUACAAUCGCUAUAAACUCACCGGACCGUCUGGCAGCUGGCAUGAAUAUUGUCUGAAGUGCUGCAUCUGCGGUCAGGACCUUGAGUAUCGGGGCAGGCUCAAAUACCAUUAUCGGAAGGGGAAUAUCUACUGCAAUGAUCAUUACCAUGCUGAAUUCAGUUCUAAAGGGGAGUGUGGGCGCUGUGAGUUGACGAUAAAUGGGAACGAAAUGGUGCAGCGAUGUCGGGGGACACCGUAUCACAUUGACUGCUUCCGGUGUUACUAUUGCGGCAAUGCGCUCAACCCUGGCGACAAGUUCCACUGCCAGGGCAACAUUCUGGUGUGUGAAUGGGACUAUCAGAGGAUCGCGUAUUAUACGGUCACACAGAGUUAUGGUAACCUUUUCAACGGAAAUUUCAUGCUGCCAUCUGCCAAGGAUAUUACGCAAAUCUCGCUCAACUAUCCAAUGGGUACUAACGAUGUCCCCGACGAGUCGUCCAACUUA